AAAGAUGUGAGGAGCGCUUCAUCACAGAGUACGGGCAGCCCAAAAGGCGUCAUUUCUUUUUGUGAAGGCAUCAAAGAAGCACGUAGCUCACGAUGCAUUGCAGCUUCAAUGGCACUCUGCUGAUCAAUGUCCUCCCUCCUCUGCUGAUGACAGAGUUUGUCCUGGGAGUCCUUGGUAAUGGUUUGGCUCUGUGGAUCUUCUGCUUCCACCUGAGGCCCUGGAAAAGCAGCACAGUGUUGCUCUUUAACCUGGCAAUGGCUGAUUUUCUGCUCAAUAUUGUUUUACCUCUCCGUGCCAGCUACUACAUCGCUGGGAUCAAAUGGAAGUUUGGAAAGGCCCUCUGUAACAUCUGCCUCUUCAUGCUGGCCCUGAAUCGCAGCGGAAGCACCUUCUUCCUGAUGGCCAUCGCUGUGGACAGGUACAUGCGUGUGGUGCAUCCCCACCAUCCCAUCAACUCUCUGAGCGUCUCUAAAGCCAUAAUCGGAGCACUCGGGCUGUGGUUGGUCACCACUUCGAUGACUGCUCAUGUCUUCACUUUGUCACACGCCAACACAACGUACUGCGAGAGUUUCAUGAUUGACACCAAGUCCAAGAGUAAUCUUUCUUGGCAUAAGUUUGCAUUUCUCUUUUCCUUUUACAUGCCUUUGCUGGUCAUCCUCUACUGUACAUUCUGCAUCGUUCGCCACCUGAAAGGGAGGCAGCUGGCCCAGCAUGCCAAGAUCAAGAAGGCCUUGUACUUCAUCAUAGUCGUGGUAGUGCUCUUCAUCAUUUGCUUCCUCCCAAGCAACAUCACACAGCUGGUGAUCUGGGUCAAGACCUAUAAAUUAGCCGGUUCCUCUAGCAUGUGUUCUGAAAUGGAAAACCUUACCAUUGUAUUUUACGUCACCAUUAGCCUGACCUACCUCAACAGCGUGUUGGAUCCUGUGGUCUACUACUUCUCCAGCCCCGUCUUUAAGAACAUCUGCAGGAAGGCUCUUCAUCUGCCUGAAACAGAAAAUGCUGAGAGUACAGAGAAGAAAACCCGGGAAACUGGCUCCCAGUCGAUCAGCCAGCUGUGAUCACUAAACUGAGGAGGUAUAACAAGCAGCUUCAUAGCUAAAGGUUCAAUUUAAAGUAAGUUUGAUUCUAUCAUUAAGCUGUAAGUGCUACAGCUAUUUCAUAUUUACUAUUGUACAUAAGCUACACACUGGCACAGAAAUCCUCAGAACUGAGUAAUUAAACUUUUCAUCAGUGAAAAGCUUUUUUUUUUUUUUUUUUUUACCAGCACAUCACUUGCUUAGUAGCGAUCAUACCAAUGCUGACUGCACUUUUCUAAAUGUAUUUGUCUUCCAAAACAUGUACAUGUUAAGAUGUGUGAAUUAAACAAAGAUUCUGACGCUGAAGUGUAAUAAAGAGACAUUUAUAACCUCAUAUGAAUAAAAUUUCUUCCUGUUGUCAUGUGAAAACUAUAAUGAUGAGAAACAUAUUGCAUAUAUACAUAAUGUAAAAAAGCUUUUAUACAUGAGUUAAAAAAUCUGUAUAUAUAUUAAGGUAACUUUGAAUAAAAACAACAAAACUGUAUGAAUAUGUAUUCUUUGUCUUUAGCCAAUGCUGUAUAAACGUAUCAUAAUAAAUAUAAGUUCAUU